ACUGAAGUAGAUCCCCGAAGACGGAGAGAGAGCGCAAAGAGUGGCAAGGCAACCAACAAUGGAAACUGGAACAACAGGAACAAGUGUCAAGGCUUCGUCUCUCAGAUGGAAAAUUCUUCGUCAAGCUAUUCUUCGCAAACCAAACGCAGAUGAGCAAUCUGAAAUCGGCGUUAAGCGAAUUACGAGGAAGACGAAGCAGGGCUUCAACUUGUUACCAUGCCAUCUCGUUGACGACCCAUCUCACUCGAGCGAUGUUACCGUCUGCUACACCUUGCCCAUUGACUCUGCUCCCAAGCUUUACCUAACUCAAAGAGUGGUUGACCAUGCUGAACUCAGGGACUUUGAGAUUUGUAAUAAGUACAAUAUUGACAACACUGGGCUUGUUUGUCAGUGGCCAUCAGAAGAGGUUCUUGCAUACUUUUGCUUGUCACACGCAGACAUGUUCAGGUCUAAGAGAGUAAUUGAGCUUGGAUCAGGCUAUGGCUUAGCUGGUUUAGUUAUUGCAGCAGUCACUGAGGCAUCAGAAGUUGUAAUUUCAGAUGGAAAUCCUCAAGUAGUUGAUUAUAUUCAGCAUAAUAUUGACGCCAACUCUAAAGCAUUUGGUGGUACAAGAGUGAAGUCUAUGAUGUUGCAUUGGAAUCAGAACGAAAUUUCAAAUAUCUCUAGCACUUUUGAUCUCAUUGUUGCCAGUGACUGCACUUUCUUCAAGGAAUUCCACAAUGGACUUGCUCAAAUUGUCAAGUUCCUGUUGGGAAAAGUUCAGCCCUCGGAAGCUAUAUUUUUAAGUCCUAAAAGGGGCGACUCAUUGGACAAGUUUCUGGAAAAAACCAAAGAAAAUGAUUUGCGCUUCAGCAUAACAGAGAAUUAUGAUGCAGAAAUUUGGAAGCAUCAUACGGAGUUCAUGAAUGGUGCUGUUUCCUGGCCCAGCUACCAAAAAGAUCACUGCUAUCCCUUAUUGAUCAGAAUUACAGUGUGAACUUGCACUCCUAUUCCUUCGUCAGCUGCACAUAUUUCAGGCAAUAUAGAUUCGUCUCUGGCGGAAUCAAAUUUUGCUGGCUGAGCUGUGCUGUAGCCCGUUUGAGUGUACUAAUUAUUGUAAGGAAAUAGGAAUUGCAGCGUACUGCCUGAAUUCGGUACUACUUCCUCCACAAUAUGUGGAUCCAGAUCCGUAGUCACUUCAACUGCAUAGUCCUUCCGUAUCAUUGCGUAGAUCCUCCCUGUCUUUUAGUUUACCAAUGGAAGCGAAAGAAUGACAUUACCCUUUUUGGUUUAUUGUAAUUGUGAUUUCCUUUUUAAGUCUAUAGGUCUUAGCAGAUUUAUAGUUUACCAAUUGUAAUGCAAGAAUGAGAUUGCUUUUUUAAUUGAUAUAAUAUAUUAAUGAUUGAUUUCCCUUUUAGCAU